AUGAAGCUGGGCCGGGCCGCCCUGGGCCUGCUGCUGCUGGCGCCGCUGGCGCGCGCGGUGGAACCCAUCAGCCUGGGGCUGGCCCUGGCCGGCGUGCUCACCAGCUACAUCUCCUACCCGCGCCUCUACUGCCUCUUCGCCGAGUGCUGCAACCACAAGCGGAGCCUCCGCCGCGAAGAGCUGCAGAAGGACCUGGACCGCAAGCUCUUCGGGCAGCAUCUUGCCAAGAAGGUCAUCCUAAACGCCCUGACCGGCUUCAUCAGCAACCCGAAGCCCAAGAAGCCGCUCACGCUCUCCAUGCACGGCUGGACCGGCACCGGCAAGAACUUCGCCAGCAAGAUCAUCGCCGAGAACCUGUACGAGGGCGGCCUCAACAGCCACUUUGUGCACCUGUUCGUGGCCACGCUGCACUUCCCGCACGCCUCCAACCUCACCCUGUACAAGGACCAGCUACAGCUGUGGAUCCGGGGCAACGUGAGCGCCUGCGCGAGGUCCAUCUUCAUAUUCGAUGAGAUGGACAAGAUGCACGCCGGCCUCAUCGAUGCCAUCAAGCCUUUCCUGGACUAUUACGACCACGUGGACGGGGUCUCCUACCAGAAAGCCAUCUUCAUCUUCCUCAGCAACGCCGGGGCGGAGAGGAUCACAGACGUGGCCCUGGACUUCUGGCGAAGCGGGCGGCGGCGGGAGGAAAUCAAGCUGCGGGACAUGGAGCCCGCCCUGUCGGUGUCCGCCUUCAACAACAAGAACAGUGGCUUCUGGCACAGCAGCUUAAUCGACCGAAAUCUCAUCGACUACUUCGUCCCCUUCCUCCCCCUGGAGUAUAAGCACCUGAAGAUGUGCGUCCGCGUGGAAAUGCAGGCCCGGGGCUAUGAUGUGGACGAGGACAUUGUCACCCGGGUGGCCGACGAGAUGACCUUUUUCCCCAAGGACGAGAGGGUUUUCUCUGACAAAGGCUGCAAGACGGUGUUCACCAAGCUGGACUAUUACUACGAUGACUGA